AUGAAAAGAAAAUAUAUCACCACAAUUCUUUCAUAUCUUCCAAUUGAAGAAAUAAAAAAAGGAAAAUUAAUUAAUUCUAAAUGGUUUAAGAUAAUUUCUUUAAUGAAUAGAUAUUAUAGUCUCACUGGAAACCAAUGGAAUAAACAAACAUUAGAAUUUAAAUAUCUUGAUUGUUUGACUUUAGUUAAAAAUAGAGAACCACUUAUUUCUCUUCCAAAUUGUCAUAUCUCUAAUUUCCAUUUUUAUGCACUUUCUCUUUAUGGGAUUAAUGAACUUCAAUGUAUUGUUUGUCCAGAAAAUAUCAUUCAUUUAGAAGUAUAUUUUAUAGACUCUCUUGGACCUAUUUGGUUAGGUCAGUUAAAAGCUUUUGUUAAUCUCACAUAUUUGAAGAUAAUAUCAUUUAUGUAUGAAAUGGAUUGUUCAAAUAUUCCAUUUAUUCCUCAUUUAAAAGUUUUUAAAACUAAAUCAAAAGGUGGAAAUGCUUUAGUGUUAAUGACUUCUCUCAAAGAACUUGAAUGUAAAGAUGAUAUAAACAUUCAACAUUGUCAUGAAUUAAAAACUCUCACUCUUCAUUUAGAUCCAUCUCAAUUACUUGAAAGAACUUAUUCUUUCAAUUCUUUAAAGAAAUUAAAAUCUUUGAAAAGAUUAAUAAUAAAAGACGACUUAUUUAAAAGAAGUUAUUCUAUGUUUGAUCUCAAUCAAUUAGUUAAUUAUUCUAAACAAAUUAAAAUUAUCUUUAUGUUAAAACAUGUUGUUAUUCCAUUCAAUUACACUCCAUGGUUUGAUUAUUCUGAAAUGACCUUCUGUCUUAAAAACAAAUCUACUUUUUCUUUAUUAAAUUCAUUGAAUGUGAAUGUCAAAAAUAAACAUAUCUUUAUGGAUCGUUUAGAAAUAAGUAGGUGUAAUGAACUUAGUAUUAAUUCUCUUUUAAAUUCUAUUGAAACUAAAACUAUUAAAUUUAUUGAUUGUACUAUUUGUUUCAAUAAAAUCAAUUUCUAUCCUCUUCAAACGUUAACUUCUCUUUGGAUUAAAAGAAUGAAAUCAUUAGACCUUCUUCUAUUAAAUGAAAUGAAACAACUUAAUUCUCUUCGUCUUGAAUAUAUUGAAGAAACAAAAAAUGUAAAAUCUUUAUUAGAAAGUGUGUAUCUAAAAAACCUCAUCAUCAAAAACUGUAGAGGAAUUUAUCUGAAAACAAUCGUUAGAAUGAAACAUUUACUCACAUUGGAUUAUGACCAAAGAGACUUACCAGUUAAAGGACCUUUCAAGAAACUUCUCAACAAAUUAAAUCUAAAUCAUAACAAUGAAUUUCUUAAAUAUUAUACUUACCUCAGACAAUUACCAAAUUGCAAAUACAACUCGGUUCAAAUAAAUUUCAUUCAUCCAUCACUAACAGACAACUACUAUUAUUUUAAUCAUAACAUUGAAUAA